AUGGCUAUGCGUCCCGGGCCACUCUGGCUAUUGGGCCUUGCUCUGUGCGCGCUGGGAGGCGGCCACGGUCCGCGUCCCCCGCACACCUGUCCGCAGCGUCGCCUGGGAGCGCGCGAGCGCCGCGACAUGCAGCGUGAAAUCCUGGCGGUGCUCGGGCUACCCGGACGACCCCGACCCCGUGCACCACCCGCCGCUGCCCGGCAGCCAGCGUCCGCGCCCCUCUUCAUGUUGGACCUAUACCACGCCAUGACCGAUGACGAUGACGGCGGACCACCACAGGCUCACUUGGGCCGUGCCGACCUGGUCAUGAGCUUCGUCAACAUGGUUCAUGUCCACAGGGAGUCUGACUUGUUCUUUUUGGAUCUUCAGACGCUUCGAUCUGGGGACGAGGGCUGGCUGGUGCUGGACAUCACAGCAGCCAGUGACCGAUGGCUGCUGAACCAUCACAAGGACCUGGGACUCCGCCUCUAUGUGGAAACCACAGAUGGGCACAGCAUGGAUCCUGGCCUGGCUGGUCUGCUUGGACGACAAGCACCACGCUCCAGACAGCCUUUCAUGGUAACCUUCUUCAGGGCCAGCCAGAGUCCUGUGCGGGCCCCUCGGGCAGCGAGACCACUGAAGAGGAGGCAGCCAAAGAAAACGAACGAGCUUCCGCACCCCAACAAACUCCCAGGGAUCUUUGAUGAUGGCCACAGUUCCCGCGGCAGAGAGGUUUGCCGCAGGCAUGAGCUCUACGUCAGCUUCCGAGACCUUGGCUGGCUGGACUGGGUCAUCGCUCCCCAGGGCUACUCCGCCUAUUACUGUGAAGGGGAAUGUGCUUUCCCACUGGACUCCUGUAUGAAUGCCACCAACCAUGCCAUCUUGCAAUCUCUGGUGCACCUGAUGAAGCCAGAUGUUGUCCCCAAGGCAUGCUGUGCACCCACCAAACUGAGUGCCACCUCUGUGCUGUACUACGACAGCAGCAACAACGUCAUCUUGCGGAAACACCGCAACAUGGUGGUCAAGGCCUGUGGCUGCCACUGA